AUGGCCUCACAUCUGCUUAAACUAACUGCCUACGAGGUCAAAAACGAGCUUGAACUCUCUCUAAAGCAAGCCUUUGAGGAGCUUGAACCAAAACUAAGACCCCCGUUUCCAUUAACAAUACCAAUCCCACAUGAAUAUUCAAAACUCAACCUUGCUAUUCUUUACGGGGUUUUAACCGAACCCCUGUUGGCUAAAACGCAUUUAAAGCAUCUACAUUCUAUUGUUACUGAUGGGUAUGCUUUUUUUGUUAGUUUGAUUGUGAAAAUUGUUAAUGAUUUGUAUGGUAAGUUAGUUGAUUCAGUGAAGGAUCAGUUGAUUUGGGUUGUUAAAGAAAUGGUUGACGUUUUAGGAGUGGGAUUUGAUGGUUUGUUAGUUUCUUUGUUGAGGCAGAUUGUCGGUGGGGAUUUUAGUGAUGGGAAUUUGUGGUUAUGUUUUGAGUUGUCUGCUCUUGUUUCAAGCAAAUGGGAUUGUUUAGUAGAAGAAGCGCCAUUCGUUUUGACUAGUGCUUUGUUUGUGUAUCUUCGGGUAUUAGCUGAUCAUUGUAAGGUAUCGAGUGAUGCUAAGAUAGAGUCUUUGAAAAGAUUAGAGAUUGAGUUUUGUGUCAAGAUGUUGAGGGAGCAAUUUCAUUUGUGUAUGAAGAUUGGGAGAGACCUUAUUAGAUUGCUUCGAGAUUUGGUUCAUGUCCCUGAGUUUCAAGCUAUAUGGAAGGAUUUAGUGUUGAACCCAAGUGAGUUUAGGACGGAAGGAUUUUCAGAUGUUUCACAGUUGUACUGCUCUAGGACUUCCAGUCGGUACUUUUUGCUUCGGAUUACUCCCGAAAUGGAAACCCAAUUGAGGUUUUUACUCAUGCAUGUUAAGUUUGGGAAUCAGAAACGAUACCAAAUGUGGUUUGCCAAGAAGUUUCUUUUUGGACAAGAGAGAGAGACUCUUGUAGUUGACAUUGUUCGGUUCAUAUGUUGUGCACACCACCCAUCGAAUGAAACUAUUCAGUCGGACAUUAUACCAAGAUGGGCUGUUAUAGGUUGGCUUCUGAAAUCCUGUAGAGAAAAAUAUGUUGAAGCUAAUGUGAAGCUGGCCUUAUUUUAUGACUGGCUUUUCUUUGAUGAAAAGAUUGACAACAUAAUGAAUAUUGAGCCCGCAAUGCUAUUAAUGGUAUGCUCAAUACCAAAAUAUGUAGAGAUAACUCACUCUCUUCUUGAUUUUUUAUUGUUUCUUGCUGAAAACUAUGAUGUGGACCAUAAUUAUGUCAUUAUAAAGGGUCUGUCAUCAGCUAUGAGGGCACUUGUUCAAAGAGGAGUGGUUUGGUCACUGGAUGUUCUGACUUCAUGUGAUGCACUUUCUCCUUUUCUGAAAGAGAGACUUACGGGGUUAUUAUUGUGUUUGAAUACAAAAGGUAAUGAGUUGCAACCAGCCCAUCUUCCUCCUCAUUCUGUUUUGCAGUCGAGUUUGCAAAAUGUGUCCCAUCUUGUAAAGCCAACACCAGCCCUAGAACGACAAUCUGCAGAGGUUGUGGAAGUAAGGCUUAGCAAAAAACCUGCUGAUGCUUCUACUCUCAUUUCAGGUGACCUGGUUACUACUUCUUGCCCACCAAAUGUCACCAGUGAAAGUCAAUUUGAUGCUAUUGAGCGCUUAGUACAAAAUCUGGCAGAUGCUAUGAAGAAGUCAAAUAGAUUGGGGCUUCAGGUUUUGGAGGAAAUACUUUUUUCAUUUGUGAAUCUUGAUGACCAAGCACCAACAUGCGGUUCAAUUUCCCCUGAAACUUUAUAUUCAAGAAUUGCAGAUCAAUUCGAAGCGGUUGGCUUCCGACUAUUUGCUUCACUUGACGUCAGCAUUAGCGUUCCUUGUUCUGACAGUGGAAUUCAUUCACCCUCGGCCUUAAUUGCACGCUCCUUCAUACUUUCUCAGCAUGAACGGUUGCUAGAAAUGCUUCUAUUCUGGUCAAGGAAUGGUUUUCCAAUAGGAGCUCACUUACUAUCUUAUGCAGCAAGGCUAGGUUAUGAGGCAUGCAUACUAGAUUCGUCAGGAAAUGCAAUGAUCAAUGGUAAUUUUUCUAAGACAGGCGACUUGGGGAUGGCAUUACUGCUCUUUCAUGUUGAUGGGUUUUUUUCUAUUCUGAAUGGAAGGAAACAAGAUUUUCUUGAAGGCGUUGUCCCUGCUUCUAAAAUGGAUAAGGAGUUUGUUAAUAAGUUGGUAAAAAAUGCUUUUGCCGCGUACAAAUGUUUCCUUGCAUGUUCAAGGACCAUCCUGCAUGAAAAAGAUGAUGUAGCUCUGUCAAAGCUACUCCUUUCAGAUAUAACAUCCUGUUCACUUUGCGAAAGCAAAAAGACAAAGUUCUUCUUCAGCAUCUUCUGCCAUCUUGCCGACUUAUGUGCUGGCAACACUGAUAUCAUUAGGUUCCUUGUGAGUCAGAUGGAUCAUUCUGAUCUUGUUGAAAUGGAGUUUGAAAUUGGGCUGAAGAGAUUCUCUGUGUUUGGGGAGAACAAUGUAGAUAUUUUGCACUUAAUGAAGAACUCUCUCAGUUGGGAACCUUCAGAACAGCAUAAGCUUUGGGGCUUGAUCAGAGCGGAGCUUGCUGUUUCUAAGGUUCAGGUGGAAAAGAUCAUUUUGAAAUUUUUCUGCUCUAGUGAGCUGGAUGCAAAUGCUAGUGCCAUUGCUGUGGGAGGCCUUCUUACAUUGUGUAGCUGCCGUGCUCCCACACCGGUGCUUGUGGGGACAAUCCUGUUGCUACCUAAUGAUGUAUUCCAGGACUUUGCUGCUACGGUUUUGGCAUCGUGGGCUGUCUCUAAUGCCUCAAUGCUAUCAGACAGCUUGACUAAAUUUUCAGAGAAACUUGCCAAUGAGAAUGGGAAUGCCAUUGGUUCAGAUGAGAUUGCAAUAAACCAUUCUGCAAUUCUCUGGUUGUUGAAUUAUUUUAAUGCACAGGGGAUGAAUGGCUCCAAUAUUUUAAGCACCUUUUCUGCAAGUAUUUCUUGUGAAAAGCCAGCAUAG